AUGCUCAUUAGCCUUGGUCACCAUGCUGGCCAGCUUGGAGGAUUUGUUGGUCAAAGUGAGAGUGUUAAGAAAGCCGUUAUGUAUGCUAUUAUCGCUAAAAUUAACAGUCAUGAAGAGCUUAAAAAUGAUUACUCCUCUCAUGUUACUAAGCUUUCUGAGUCUGUUAACUCUGCUGGCAAGGCUGAUGACACCGGUGUAAUUGGUCAACUUCAACUUGAAGUGUCUAAAAAAAUUGCCGAAAUUACUUAUCAAAUUACGCAACUUAAUAAGCCUAAUAACCUUAAUCAUAACUCUCCUUCCCCCUCUUCCUCUGCUGAGCUAGCCAAAUUGCAGUCCAAGUUGGAGGCUUUGGAGAAAGUGGAGAAGCUUUGUGGAUUUUUGACUAAUUCUAAUAAACAACAAAAUGAGCCUAAAAAUCUCUUAGUUAAUUUAUGUGACGGCCUCGAGACUUUCCUCGGCUUCAACUCUGAGUCCAAAGGCUACACUGGCCAGGGGAUUGUGUACUCUGACUUGGAUAGGCUGUGUGAUGCAGUGAUGGGAUUUUUGAGUGGUGUUCUUGAGGCGGUGAAAGAUGAAAAUGAAGUGACAACUUAUGAUAAAUACAUACAGCCAGAGAGUAAAAGGCUUCAAAAUGUACUAGACACCUUAAAUAAAAAUAUUGGCUCCGGGCGUACUGGGCUUGUGGAUUCUGUCGGCGCGGUGAAGAGGUGGCUGGAGGGGUAUGAUAAGAAAUUACAAGAAAAAACUAAUAAUGUUACUAAGCACUUAGAUACACUUAGCAAAAACAUUGAAACUAAUAUUAAUGAUGUUAAUAGCUUUAUUUCAUAUAAUGUAUUCCAGCAACGUGAUGCGUGCAGAUUGAUGGCGACGAAAAUGGCCGCCGAUGUCAAUCAGAGUAAAGAGGCGUUAAAACAGUUAGACAACAACGCACAAAACAUGUUAACGCCGCCGUUAAAUUCAAUUCAUCAAGCCGUUGAUGCUUUCACUAAAUCAGCCGAAAAUAAUGACUUGCAGGUGUUGAACACGACAGUGAGAGAGCAACUUGCCAAUUUGAAAACGCUGCUCGAAGGUGAAGUCGCGGCGCGUGUGAACGAGAUGGCGACGAAUAUAGAUAAUGCUUUUGAAAAGAAAAUCCAUGGUCCACUGAAGCAAAUUAAUAGCGAAUUGGGACGAGUGAAAGUUGCGUUGGAGGGAUGGAUAUCCAAGGCCAAGAAGGUUGUUAAAGCCGCUAUGAAUAAGUGUAAUGAAAUUAUUAAGAAACUGGAUGGUACAACUGGAACGGAUGAUCCAGAGAAAAGAAAAGCGGUAGAAAUCGCAGCCGAAGCUUUAAGAGCAAAGGCACAAAAACUUUUCGAUGCUGCGGACAGCGUUAAGAACGAAAUCGGCUCAUGGGUUGGCAACGCGACGGGAAAAGUUGGCGACCUUGAUUUGGCAUUGCGGAAGGAUCUAUAUGACAUUAAAAAUUCAAUUAAGGAAUCAAUGUGGGAUUAUAUUACUGUCGACAUUCUGCCGCAAUUUAAUGUAGUUAAGGAUAAGGUAGGAGAAAAUGAAACGCGUAAAACAAAGGAUGCAGGUAAUAUAAAUCAUAAUUGGGAGGAGUUGAAAAAGAAAAUUACGGAGUAUAGUAAUGAUAUAUAUAAACAUGAAAUGAAUGGUGUAUCAGGUCAUAUUGCAAGAAUUAUUACCAAUAUGGGUACGUACGCUGGUAAGUUCACUGAAGAGGGAUUUAAGGCAACUGUAAAGGAAUGGAUUAUAAAUAUUGUGAACGACGAAAAUGAAUACGUGAAUGAUAAGCUACAAAAAUAUUUGGAGAACAACUAUGGUCAGGUGAGUCAUACUUAUAAAAAUGCCGACGGCACCAAUGAUAUAACUGAUACAUUCAGAAACCUGAUUGCACAGGUGAUUGUACAAAAGCUUCAAAACGAAGUAAUUAAGGAUAUAGAUCGAAUGGUCACACCUUUACUUGAAGCUGCCGAUGACAAGAUUAAUCAGUACCUCCAAGCUGUUCAAAUGGGUUGUGAUCAAUUAGCCGGCGGACUCGAGGGUGUGAUUGAAGCUAAAAGAGUUGCUCAGAUGAGUUACGAUGAUGUAGCCGGGGAGAUAGAGACAAUAAUCACAACCUCAAAAAACACUGUUCCAUCUCUUGCGAGAUCACAUCUUGCUGAGGCUGUAAGAAGAAUCAUGAUUGCGCUUACUCUCAUAGCCAGACAUACUGGCAACGAACUUAAGCGAAUUCUUGAUACGUCCAAUCUCGACGAACUGUUGAAGGCUAUCAUGCGAAGCGUAAAAUCUAUUGGCGAACAAUUUGACGACAGGACAAAAAGCACAUUGGGGGCAGCUAUCACACAGGCGUUGAAAGACAUAAAGAAACCCAUUCAAGAUCUGAACGAUGCGUUCGAACAGCAGCAGUGUCAGAGGCAAGUGGGAACUAGACUUGACACAGAGAUAGGUAGGGACGGUACGGCCGGUAAAAUAUUCGACCUUGGCAAACUUACGACGUUCGCCAAACAUAACGGCAAAGGUUCGAAGAAAGAUCUCGAGGAUGCAAUAAACAAUAUAAGAACGAUCGUCCAAGAGGCACUAGAAUGGAGUAAAAUCGGCAUUAAACCAGAUCAAACGGGUCGUAUACUUCAGGCAGAACUUCAACACGUCAGCACUGAACUCGGUAAAUUCGCUGACGCUGUGAAGGGUCUUGUUCAGAACCCAGCUGGCACGGCCAGUAGUAAUGCUCCUGACCAAGGUAGAGGCGUGCAAAAGCUACUAGAUGAUUUACAGAAAAUCUUAGAUAGACAAGGAUCGGGAUACAUGUAUACGCUUCCUCAAGCACUUGAAGAUGUUAAAAAUGAAAUCGUUGCCAUCUUGGAUAAAACUGACAAAGCCAACUUGGCCUAUAUCCUGGCCGAGGCAACCACAUUCCACACCACUACCAUUCCUACUAAGGCCAACGAGACCUUGAAAGCAAUCAAUAAUUACGUUGCUGAUGCCAUAAGGAGAACAACUGAACACAUUAAAAACAAAGCGCAGGGACUAUACGCUGCCCGCAAACAAAUGGAACUUGCAACAUUGAAAAGCAUCGUAAAUGAACAAAAAUCAAAAAUCCAGAACAUCAUUAAGAAAGAUAAUGCGUCCGGUAUAAAGUGCCUACUGUCAAUCAUUGACGGUAACCAUGAAACGCUGUCCCAGAUCUCCGACGCACAUGAUACCAAAACCGCAGCUGUGAAUGCGAAAUGGUAUGUAGAAACACUCACGAAGUAUAUCAAUGAGCAAGUCAAAUCGCCAAGUAACGACCUGCCCAAAAGCAAAGGUACGCAGCCAGUCACCUCCCAAACCACCCCCUCCUCCCAACUGGUCACCCGCCUCCAAUCCCGCACCUACGCCCUCCUCACCCACCUCCACGACAACAAUCGCCCCUUCACCUUCGACUCCAAAUUCCGCUCCCUCCUCCACGACCUGACCUCCGCCCUGUCCACGUUCAACCCCGCUGCCUUCGCGAACCCGCACCACCCGCAACUCCUGGACGCGCUGAAGGCAGGGAUGAAAGGGCUGGUAAAGGAGAUGGAGAAGGCGUAUGUUAAUAGGUAUGACAGUCGGAAGAUUAAGUGGGAGGAGCUGAAGGGUAAACAAGCUACUGAUGAAUUAACCGACGACGCUACGCGCUGCGCCAAGGUGUUUAUGAGCUGCCUGCCGAUGUUGCUUAACGACCUUAGCAAGGUGAAGGAGAGGUGUGGGCAUAAGGGUGAGUGGAGUACCAAACAUCUCCAUAUUGACCAUGAAGUGCAAGACGCGAGGAAACGUAAAAAUCCACUCGGCACGUUUUUCAGGGAUUGCGGAUACAAUGUUCCCACCAGCCAGACGUCCAAGCAGGAUGGAGAGUUGCGAUGUAAGUAUGAAUUGAAGGGUAGCGAUAUAUAUGCUAAACUUGUUGAACAUACAAUAGACGGUGUCCCUGAUAUUCUGAAACACAUUACAGACUGCGAAUCAAAUUAUGAUGAGCAUGGUAAAAAGAAGAAAGAAUCUACGUUUGACGUCGUUGACCUUCUUUCAUGCCUUCACACUCACCUCCACGAUUAUUACACCGUUAAUCACUACGCCACUUUCACGUCAACUAAACAUCCAUCAAGCAUCUACGACAUGCUUCAAUGGCUGACUGGGCUCCCGCAUAGUCCAGUGUACAACGCACUGUCACAUGACGGCUUCAGUGGUCUUUUCGAGAAAACUGAAGAGGACGAAAACAAGGGUACUCUAAUGGGCGACAUCCUUCUAAAAACCGACGACGAUGACAAGUUGCCGGCGUACCCAGAGACCAUUACUGCAACAAACAUGAGAGGCAUCCUUACGCUAGUCUGCCACCACGCGGAGGAAACGCUCAUCUCCUUGCUGGGUCACGGACACUCGGGUGGCAUCUACGCGUGUGAGUUCAACACCAACACGGCAAAAUUAACGUACCCAAGUGACCCAUCCAAAUGUCUCGAUUUACUGUUCGAGGUGAUCAGCAGGGUAUAUAAUCAGCUGUUUUUCCUCUUCAAACAGUGCUCGUACAGCACCAAGCUGGGCGGCUGGUACGAUUGCUGGUAUGGUCAGGGAGUCGGCGGCUCCGCUUGGAACUGCAAUACCCUGCAAUGUCCUGGGCAAAGUGCUGGUCAAAAGGCUGACCAAGAGCAUAACCAAAAGUGCAACCAAACGUGCGACCAAACAGCUCAGUGCGGACUCAAAUCGCCACUCCAAUCGUUCCUGGAAGAUGGUCUCCCUGGCUUCCUCCCUCACCCCUACAGCAAGUCCAAUUGCAAGCCUACCUGCACUGCGCCCGGUCACUUCGGCAAGGUAUGCAUCACGCCCAUGGGCUUCAACGACAUCAGCGGCAUGGCCUCGCGCAGGCAGCAGGGUAGGCAUAUCACGGACGUCCUCCGCGAUUUCUGUGGCAGUGAGCACGCUCCCCUCAGCCGUCUCUGUGGCCUGUUGACGUGUCUACUGACUAGGCCGCCGCAGACGCUGGGAGAUAUGUUCGCGUUUUAUUAUAACUUUUUGAAUGGGUGGCAUGAUCCUAGGUUUGCAAACUGUCUGAAACACAGAGAACUUCCGUAUGCGAAAGCUGUGAAAGAGGCCAAUUUUGAAAGUGACGGCAAUAGGCUGGACGUUAAUGCAAUGUUCCGCAGCGUUAAGCAUAACUCAACGGGUGGCUCCACUCAUCUUAAAGGUGACCUAUUUAGCCUUGUAGCCUGCGAUCAUCAAAUGGCUAAAGACACAUACUGCGGCCGGUACCUGCAGCCCUGUGGUCAGCAUAUAUGGACAGUGUUCUCCAAGGAACACGCCGGCAACUAUUUAUCGUGGAUCGUGUAUCUCACUGAAACAUUUUAUGAUCUACUCAAGAUGUUAUAUGAUGAUUGCAAUAAUAAGUGCGGCCAAGACCAUUCCAAGUGCAAUCGCACCAGCUGCGCGGUUGAUUGCAAAACAAAAUUACCGUCGGAACCUAAAACGCCAAUUCAGGACAAAUACCACAAUUCUAAGUGCAGUACCAUUGUAACGUGCAAGUCAACGCUUCCUACUUUCUGCAGAUAUGGCUUCGUGUUUGACAGUCCUCAAUCCCUUAGCGGCGAGUAUGGCGAUGAUAAGAAGAGGACGUGCAAAGACUUCUGUAACGCAUUGAGAAGAGUGCUCAGCGACGAUAAGAAAGAGAAUGACGUACUUGCUAAGUUGAAAUUCGAAACCAUUCCAACCUUCUUGUGGAACAUCCGAAGCAAGUUCUUCUGGCUCAACGUCGCACUCUGGCUCCUUUCUCUCCUCUACCUCACCCACAUCAUGGUAAUCCGCCUAGACCUGCUCCACAUCAAAUCGCACUUACACUCACCCUCAUCACAUCGCAUCGCCGCGCAAUCACUACUCGCCGCCGCACGUGUUAACAAGCUUAACAGAGUGUUUUAUCUGCAACCAUAA